UGAGGUAGCACAUAUCCUUUAAGCUUAUCUCUAGGUAGAUUCUAUUUACGAGGUGGCACAGGAGCGGCCACUCAAUGUAAGUAAGAUACAGGAGCUCAUCAUUCGCAUUUCCCGCUGACACAGCAGUGGGGUUAUGCGCGUGGGACCACGAGAACGUUGUUCGGGUAACUGCGUUGACUUGAAGAUAUUAUGUUUCUUCCCCGGAAACCGACGUCAAUCUAUAGGCUGCGAGGGUAUUCCUUGUUUCCGCUGCAUGGUCAUGUAGGCUGGGUGCAGCUAUAUGUAUACAGUUACCGAAACCAGAUCGGUCUGCAGUGAAGAUAUUAAUUACCAAAUAUCUCCCUUUGCCUCCGCCAUCAGACGAUCGGGUACUAUACCAGAUGACUGCAUUUUGUUGGUACUAUAUAUAUGUUGCUUUUUCGCGAAUUAUUAAUGUCGUGACACUUCGCAAAAGAAAAUCACAAGUCGGGUUUGUGAUAGAGGCGCUCGAAGGGCUUUGAGUGGAAUGAUUUUUGGUGUUGGUCAGUAUAUUACAAGCCAACGUAAAUUCUACACCUAACUUGAUGAGGUGCAAAUCUAGUAUAAGACCAUGAGAUUCUUGUAGAGACGUGGAAGAAAACCCAUCUCGUCUCACCUCUCGAACAGCCUAUUUGAUUCCAAACUCAGAUUUAUCCUUUUCAUCUUUCUCAACACCUCACAAUGCGCUUCCUACUCUGCCUCGCUGUGACUUUGGGGACAGUCAGCGCUGCGCCCUUCGAGCUGAUCUCCAAGCGCGAACUUGGAGACCACGAAUGGACCCUUAACAAGAGAGACGGGUGCCCGGCCUACCUUCAGCCAGGCCAGUUCGAGUUCCCACAUUACAUCACGCAGGUAUCUGCGAAACAGCCGAACCGAGCCUUUGGCCCCCAGUACAGAGGCCGUAUCACGCCGAAUGACAUCUCUUCUCUUUACAGCUUCGAUAUUCCAAAAGACCGUGCCAAUGCCAACUGUACUCUUGAGUUCAUAUUCCCUCGCCAGGACCAGCUGAACCACUCUUACUAUAAGUAUUCGGGACCUGGAACAUUUAUCUUCAAGGGAUACUUGGCCGGUAGCUGUCCCGGACCGCACACGACCUUCAACAAUCAGCCGCGGGCUGGUCAAUUCCCCCCUUUCCCGCCUAUCCACAUGGAACCGGGUUUCGCGUACACCAUCGACAUCGGCCCUUGCACCUUUUCGGCCGGAAACUGCGUAUCUGGAAGUAAGUUGGAUCCGCCCUUUUCAACAGGAGAAGGUUAGGAAAUACUAACAUGAGUGCAGUGCUUUCAUCGGCUGACACCAGCCUCGAGUACUUCCAGGACCAGGAAAACUGUCCGAUUGGAAUCUACAAUACGUAUAGCUAUGGGCUACCUUGCCCCACGGAUUACUGUGGAUAAGGUUGGAGAUUUAUACACGGGGAAUGCACUGAAUCUGCCUUUUCAAUUUAAGGGUUGAAUCUGGCCUGUGUAUAUAGCAACCCCUUAUUGAACUCGGGGUUUAACCUGGCAAUUAUGGAAAUUCAGUCGGUACCUACGCCGAGUUCCUGCGUGAUACAAGUUCGUUAAGCGCCUGUUCUUCUACGGGUCUCUCAUAUUAUGCCAAUUCGGGCCAAUUCUUAGCUAAUGAGAGUACAGUAAUAUUGCCGCCGAUGUCAUUGUGUAACCUUUCC